AUGUCCGAAAGUGAAUUAGUAGACUACCUAACUAAUCUCAAAGCAGACUUUUGGGAGGCUUUCGCUGACAUCGAUACUCCCGGGACGUUUGCGGCGUGGGGCGCGCUGCCGACGACUCCACCAACUGGGCUCCAUGUCGAUGGAGUUGGAGAGAUCGCGAUGCCUCUCGCCGAAGAAUGUGUUCGACAGCUCAUCGCGAAAGCACACCAGGCCCCCUUUGGCCGCAGAAGCGAAACUAUCGUCGACACCUCCGUCCGUAACACUUGGGAAAUCCACGGUGACCAGUUGCACUUCCUCGACCCUGCGUGGAACGGUUAUCUGCACGACUUGAGCAAGAAGGUCGCGGCCCAUCUAGGCGUCGAUGGCUCGAUUCGAUUGGAUUUGUACAAAAUGCUCAUUUACGAAACGGGGGCCAUGUUUAAGCCCCACACCGACACCGAACGCACUCCGGGCAUGUUUGGGACUCUCAUAAUCUGUCUACCCUCAGCGCACACGGGCGGUGAAGUUGUUGUCAAGCACAGCGGUGAAACCAAGACUUUGAGAACAUCGGAUGCAACCCAGUCAUUUGCGUGCUGGUGUUCCGAUGUGACCCACGAGGUGCUACCCGUGAAAUCCGGCUAUCGAUGCGUCUUGACUUACAAUCUAGCCACCACGCCUGGCCAAACUCGGCCAGCACCAAAUACGAUUGAUUCACAAAAACUACGAGAGGCGCUCGAAUACUGGCUUGAAGACUUGGCUGGAAACGACCCCGAGGCGGCCGAAGCGCCCUACAUUCAUCAUGCUCUUGAUUAUGAAUAUACCGAAGCAGCCAUGUCCUUCGAAGCACUCAAGGCUAUAGACCUUGCGCAAGUACAGGCACUACGAGAUCUUGCGGAUGAACUGCCUUUUGAAAUCUUCUUGGCGCUGCUAGAGAAAGCGGAAAGUGGAGAAACCGAGAUAGAAUGGGAGAGAGUUCGCAAACGCGGUCGUUGGGAAAUGGUAGCGAAUGAAGAAGGCCCUCAUUUUAUUGCGGAGGUUCUUGACGUUGGUUACAAUGUCAAGUCGCUCCACGCACUUGAUGGCACAAUUAUUGCCAGCAAUUUUGGUUUUAACAUGGACUUGUGUCUGGAAGAUGACCCCUUUGAGGACGUAGAGUGGGAAAAAGAAGAUUACGAAGCUUACCAAGGCAAUUGGGGCCCUUCUGCCACCCACUGGUAUAGCCGCUCGGCUCUUGUUCUGGUCCCGCGUCAGAACCUUGGAAAUUAUCUUGUCAAAUGCGCCGACAGAUCCAAUGGUUCCAAUCCCAAUGCCGACUCGGCUCUUUCUUACCUUGCCAAACUCUUUUCGCGGCCCUCAGCUGGCCCACCUAUGCUUGAUACGAUGAGCAAGCUCUGCGAAAAACGGUCUGAUGAUCCGUUGCAGCCGGAGACAAACAGCAUUCUCCUGAAGGCUGCCUUUCAGCACUCCCACCAUAAGAUAUUCGAAAACGUUGCAGCUCACCACCAAGGCUACUUACCAAUUGAGUUUUUUGACUGGGUACAAGAAUGGCUCAGCACGCUUCCAGAUGCCGAACGCGCUGAGAAGCAGCGGACGUGGAUACCACCACUCAUUCAGGGUUACCCGUCGGUGGCCGAUCGCUUCAAAGUUAUCGAGAAGAUGGGAAAUUCAAUGGGCAACACUGCUGUACCAGACGCCGCAUCCCCCAAACCAGUCCUGGGCUCAAAGCAUGCAGAUGGGGAUAUGAUUGUGUCUGUCAUCUUCAAUCUCAACGAGACAUGGGCAAGUACAUCUGCGCUUAUUACCUCGAUUUUUGACCGCUAUCCACAAGCCCAAGCCGCUGCGUUCUUGCUUGCACUACUUUCUCGGCUCAAAACUCUUGCAGCUGCUCCAAAUCUCCCAAUUUCCGAAAUUAUGGAACUUUGUAGAAGCCUCAGCUUGCGCUUUUUUAACGCCGAGAGAACAGUGUCCACCAUCAUUACGAGGUCAACACCCGAGACGCCAUCUCAAGCCGCACCAGUCGUCACUCCCCAGGCUCUUGUUCAGUUUGCCUCCGAUCUCAAUGACCUGAGUAACAAUGCACUGGAUUUACUACAGCCAUUUAUCCAACAGAUUAAUACAAAUUGUCUUGAGUUCUUACAGAAAGACAUGCGCUACUUUUGGAUGCCAUUCCUCUAUCAACUCAUUCCGGCCCUAGUCUCUCGAUCAGUCUCGCUCAACACGCCGUCUUAUCAGCAGCUCACGCGCCUAUUUGUUAAGCGCCUAGAUGAUAUCCUCGGGCCGUGCCCCACAGCAGGCCCCAACGCCCGAAGCCCUCAAGUUCGUUGUACAUGUAGCGACUGCGCCAUCCUCAACGAAUUCCUCCGCGACUCCUCGCGCGUUGUCUUUCGAUUCAAAGUAGCCAAACUCAGACGUUUGCAUUUGGCCGAAAGUCUCGAAAAUGACCCGUCUGAUUGCACUCAUGCAACUGAGCGGGCCGGGAGACCUCAAACACUCAUCGUAACCAAACUCAAUACUUUGCAGCACCAGAUCGAUGGAUGGAAGAAACGACAAGCAGCGCUUUAUCGUCACAUCGCUAAAAACAUCCAUCAAGAACAUCUCCAGACCCUCCUCGGAACCGACGAAGCUACCCGCAUCCGAUCGUUAGGAGGCCUGUAA